AUGAGGCAAUGGAUUCAUCCCAGCGUGCCGCCUGGAUUACCCCACACAAGGGGAACAAUAGUCAUCUGCAACAGCAACACUCACAGGUGUUUGGAGCGCAGUCUGGAGAUGGACCGAAUGAAGAUUAUCAAGAGGAGGCUGUCCAUGUCUCUGCGCAGCGCCCGGCCUGUAGAUGACUCUCUGUCUGAAUUGGCAGAGCAGAUGGCUUUGGACGAGACCACCACAGUACGGGACAAUGAGCCCUUGGCGGUGUACCCUCCAGCCACUCACAGCGCGCCGUCUUUCCUGCGGCAGUACGCAGGACACCUGGGUCGCACCGCCCUGCGCAGGGAGCUGGGAGGGGGGCUGGAAAGAGAUCGCGCAUACUUCAACCUACACAGGACUGGAUCUCUGGGGAUUGUCCAUGAGAAUGUGAAGAUGGGGUCCGAUGGAGAGAGUGACCAGGCCUCUGGGACGUCCUCGGAUGAAGUCCAGAGUCCAGUCCGGGUCCGAAUGAGAAAUAACCAUCACCGAAGAAUUUCUACUGAGGACAUAAACAAGCGUUUGUCUCUCCCGGCCGAUAUCAGACUACCGGAGGGUUAUUUAGAGAAGUUUGCCAUGAACAGCCCGCCUUUUGACAAACCAAUGAGCCGCAGGCUACGGCGAGCUUCUCUGUCGGAAAUCGGAUUUGGAAAACUUGAAACCUACAUCAAACUGGACAAACUCGGGGAGGGCACCUACGCUACGGUGUAUAAAGGCAGAAGCAAACUAACGGACAACCUGGUGGCUCUCAAGGAAAUCCGACUGGAGCAUGAAGAGGGAGCACCUUGCACAGCCAUCAGAGAAGUGUCUCUGCUGAAAGACUUGAAGCAUGCCAAUAUCGUCACCCUCCACGACAUUAUCCACACCGACAAGUGCCUGACUCUUGUGUUUGAGUACCUGGAAAAAGACUUGAAACAGUACAUGGACGACUGUGGGAGCAUCAUGAGCAUUCACAAUGUAAAGAUCUUCUUGUUUCAGCUGCUGAGGGGUUUGGCAUACUGUCACAAAAGAAAAGUCCUGCACCGAGAUCUCAAACCGCAAAAUCUGCUCAUCAACGAGAAGGGGGAGCUAAAACUGGCGGACUUUGGUUUAGCACGGGCCAAGUCUGUACCAACAAAAACAUACUCAAAUGAAGUUGUGACUUUAUGGUAUCGCCCUCCGGAUGUGCUUCUGGGCUCCACCGAGUACUCCACCCCCAUCGACAUGUGGGGUGUGGGCUGUAUUUUCUAUGAGAUGAUCACCGGGAGACCCUUGUUCCCUGGGUCAACUGUAGAGGAUGAGCUUCACCUAAUAUUCCGUAUACUUGGUACUCCUACUGAGCAGACUUGGCCCGGGAUUGCAACAAGUGAAGAGUUUAAGACUUACAAGUUCCCCCAAUACCAAGUUGAGCCCCUGGUGAACCACGCCCCAAGGAUAGACAGUGACGGUCAUGACUUGCUGUCGUUGCUUUUAAAGUUUGAAGCUAAGAAAAGGAUAUCAGCAGAAGAGGCGACAAAGCAUGCUUAUUUUAAAAGUCUCGGGGAUCAAGUUCAGAUAUUGGCAGACACAACAUCGAUAUUUUCUGUCAAAGGCGUCGCACUACAGAAAGAUCCAGGGAAGAGAUCCACAAUCUAUCCAGAAUCAACCACGAGCUAUAAGCUUGGCUCCGCCCCCUCGCAGUACUUCCCGAGAGAGGCAGCCAAUCCCAGGCCUCAGAGCCACUCUCUCUCCUCCACUUCCACUGGCUGA